UAAGUUUUUGCGUUUUUAAAAUUUGUUUUAAGUGCUCAAAAGUAAAAUCAUGUAAGAACCAAAAGAAACUUGUUUUGACUGCACUGUUUUUGAAAACUCAUCACAAAAAUCAUAUCCCAAAAACAUUUUGCAGACUAGUUGUGCAGUUAGCUAGCUAUUCACACUUCUCUACACGCUGCUAUAUUGCUACUAAAACAAGCUAACCUUCUGUGUGAACCGUGAUCUAGCUCUCUUGCAAUGGCGACACGGGACAAUCCCGUGAGGAAGUUGGCAGAUUCACUUCAGGUGCUUGCUGAUACUGUAAACUCGGACAAUCCACAAAUCAAGGUCAGCGACCUGGUUCAGUUUUGCCGUAUCAGUUAUACUGCUAUCUUCUACCUUGGCAUCACUGUUAAGUUUCCGGACCUGGACCCCCAAACUAAGGUGGAUAAUUUUUUAGAAGCCUCAAAGAAAUACGACACAAUACAGGAUUUAGUGGAAAGUGAAAUUAAGAAUGGUACUGCGAGGGAUAAAGGUAGCCCAUGCAGAACCCUGGCGCGACUUAGGCGUAUAAUUGACUUGGCGAGGGAAGUGCUUGAGCAAAUUCUUACUACUGGCCGAGUUGCUGCACAAUCGAUUGAGGGGAACAGUCAACCAUCAAGCUUUGAUUUCACAGUUUUGAGGCAAAAUUCAUUUGUUGAGACAUUUGCAGUAGCUUAUGAGCAAGUUUUUGUUCCAUAUCCUGGAUGGACUGCCGGUGAAUGUUUUAAUUUGUCGGUCGGUUUGUCCAAGAAUAUUGUGCUUGCUGCAUUGGAAGAACUUCCUCCUCCGGACCUCUUAUUGAAGAUUUUAAAUGAAGAUGAGGAUUCAUUGAAGGAGCAUAUUCACAAGUACAUUAAUGCGGCAAAAGUUGUUCUGCAGUACAUUGACAGCGUCUUCCUAUCAACUGAGACAGGGGCCGAGAUGCUUAGGACGAUCUAG